AUGGCCUCCAACAGCCUAUCUAUGUCCCUGAUUCCAAACCCUAAUUACCUUAAUUUGUCAUUGGUUUGGUCUCGAAGGGGACAAUGGCUACGACCUGCCAUUUUGAGAGCCUCCGAUGGGUUUGUUUUUGCUGGGUCUUUGAUGAUGGGUAUCAUGUCAGUUAAAGAAGAUGUCAAAGUUAUGAUUGUUUUCAAUUCUUUCGGUUUGGUCACCGAUGCUUGUAGCAUGGUAAUCAGGGAGCUUGUAUCCUUAUGCACCAAAAGGGUUGUGGAGGUAGAUCAAAUGAGAAGAGAGAAGCGAAAGGGACAUCCAACAGUGGAAAUGAUGAGAAACUACCGAAUCAUGUACAAGUUGAGAUGGCAUCGACUUUGGCUUUCUUCAUCAGUGCGGUGA